CUCCCUUCUAUAUUCUGCUGGCGACCAGCCAUGACGUACAUGAAAGAGAUUCCCUUUCCCCAUGAGGGGAUGUCGAAGAAGGUGUCUCAAGAUCUACGAGGAAGCUCGUGUUGCCUUCACUGCGGCAGUGACGCAGGCUUCCUCUGCAGUGGUUGUCGAAAGGUGCGCUUUUGCUCUCCGAGCUGCCAGCAAAAGACCUGGAAGGAGCACCGAAAGGACUGCAAAGGAGAUGCAGGGGAGAAGGAGUUGAAGGAAUUGAAGAGUCCACCAAGCAGUGAACAGUGGGUUGUGAUCUUUAACACCGAUUCACUGCCUGGUCAUGAUGCAGGGACGGUCACCUCCGGCCCAGAAGCAGCCAAAGAUGUUUGCAUGAAGAAGGGCUUUGGAGGCAUGGUGGCAUGGCAAAACACCUUCUUCUUGCGGAAGGAGCCUGUACCGGAACUCGUGGCCGCUGCUGUACAUGCUCAAGGCACGCAUUUAUGGCUGCCCAUUCCACCGCUCUUGGACAUCAGCAGGACGAGGGUGGGGAACGCUCCACCUGCGGUGUUGCCCGAAGUCGUGGUGUCAGGUGCGAAGUCCGUUCCGAAGCGAAGCAACCUCUCCGUGUCUGAGAUGGACGAGCACUUUCACAAGAGCAGACCUGUGGUGUUGAAGGACGCACAGAAGGGGUGGCCAGCGCAACAGAAAUGGACCUUCGAGUGGAUGGGCUCCACUUACGGCAAUGAGGUGAUGCCCUGCAGCGAUCUGGCGCCCUUCUUUCGGCAUUGCGACCGGGGGCAGAUCCGCACGGUGUCCGCGCCCCUGCGGCAGUUCACCCAGUAUGUCUUGGGUGAGCCCAGCAUCUUCCAUGCACUGCAGGAGGAGGGCCGCGUCUUCUACGCCAACGGCUGGGCGCCCUUCCUGGAUCAUCCGGAGCUCCUGCGCGACGUUUCCGAUCGCCUCUACUGCGUCAGCGACUCGAUCCCCACCGAGGGACCCGCCAAGGUCUUCAACUGCAGCUUGACCAAGAUCUUCAUGGGCCCCGCAGGCACCGUCUCGAGGCUCCACCACGACACCUACGCCACCCACGUGUGGCUCUCGCAGAUCCGCGGGCGGAAGCAGUUCAUUUGCUAUCCGCCGGAAGAGACGCCCUAUUUGCACAGCAUGCCGGUGGAUGAGGUGGAUGGCAGGACCUCGCUCUUCGAUCCCGAAGCACCGGACUUCGUGCAGUUCCCCGAGGCUCGGAAGGCCCAGCCCUACAGCGUGGUGGUGGAAGAAGGUGAGACGGUGAUCCUACCUGCACGCUGGUGGCACUGGGCCAAGAGCCUCACUCCAUCGAUUACGCUCAUGAGGAACUUUGUGAACCAGAACAACCUGCAGGAUCAUAUGGCCAUUCGACAGAGUGCGGAGAAAGCUAAAGGGCGAAGAUGACCAGACCGACUUGAGAGCUGAAGCAGAAAACAUUGGGAUGAAUAGACUAGAAAGCUGAAGCAGCUGAAGUGUGGGGGAUCCAAGUUUUUGAAAAAAGGUGAUGAGGAAUCAUGAGG